AUGGACCUGAGCCUGCGAGACGCUCUGGGAGGGGGCGGAGGUGGGGUCCCAGGCGGGGCCCCUGCUGAAGCCCUGCUGAAGAGAGACUUCGUGGCCUCGCUGGAGAAGGAGAGCUAUGACGACAAGGUGGGAGAGACGGUCUCCAAGAGCGACUACCGGCCCUUAUUGGAUGGGAAGGACGCCAAGAGCGGUCCGGGCAUGAUGUCGUCAAUGAUGUCGUCGGGUGGACGCCAAGACCCUCCAGGACAGUCUGCCUUCAGCUCUGACUACCUGUCUGGUCCCAUGAUGGGUGUGAGGACAGAUCAAUGGAGCCUGAACAAGACAAAGGACAACAGCAUGCCUGACUCAUUUCUAGGCUUUUCUCAGUCGGGGAUGGGAGGGACCAUGGGGUCCGGCCUCCCACCGUUCCAGACCGGGAUGAGCACCACUCUCGGCCAGACCGGGAUGGGCUCUGCCAUGGACACCCAGAAGAGUUCGGGCCUAUUUGGCGUAGACAACAAAACCACCAGCAACACCGGUGGAAGCAGUCCGUUUAAGAGCAGCGAUCUGUUGUCGUCUGGCGGCCCGGGAAUCCCCUCCAUGGAUCACUCCACAGCUCCCGUCCUCUCUCCCAACGGCUCAAUGGACGACAGCAGUCCCACCUCCUCCGCCUCCGAACCUCUCAGCCCAGAGAGAGUGGGGCCGGGGGACGAGAGUUGCAAGGAACAGCAGAGGCGGCAGAAGAAGAAGAGGAAGGGCCAUGACCAGAUCUACGACUUCUUGGCAAGCCAGGAGAAAAACAUCGGCCAAUCAGACACGCAUGGGAUGCAGGAUAAGGGAGGACCGGAGGCGGAGGAGGACGAGGAGGAGAACUGGGAGUGGGAUAUCAGAGAGAGUGGAGGAGGGGGUAGAGUGAAAGGCAGGAAGACUAAGAGUCGGGCAAGACUCCCAGAGGAGUGGGGUGUGCCCCAGCAGCCCAGCUCCCAUGCGCCGGCUACAGUCACUCCCACCUGGGCCACAACUGGCAACUCUGGUCCUUUUGACUCCAAAACUCCGGAUGACAACCCCAGCCCUGUUUUGCCCUCUGCCCCUGCGCAAAUACCCACCAGUUUCACUAACUGUUCCCAUGCUAGCCUUCUAACAGAUGCAUUUCCACGCUCUUACGAGCCGAUGUGUGUGGACGAUUUCCCCUUGUCUGAUAAUGGUGGUCCAAAAGCAAAUCAAGAGAAGGUUUUGGGGAGGAAACCUGAACAUAACAGUACAACGGCUAGUGUCGCCAUCAAGAGUAGUCCAGCUGGGAAUGUUAGUGGUAGUCUAGCGUUGAUGACCGGGGAAAAUCUGAGCCCCGUCUCCCAGACCUUCUCCUUCCUGGAUUCAGUCCUCCAGACCCCUCCAGGCUCCACUCCUGACUCGCAGACCACCACCCCUAUCACUUACACCCCUUCCCUUGCUACUGUUCCACUGACUAAGUCCACCCCAACAGAAAUUGGCAUCCCUGCUUCACAAGCCACUACUGCUUUGAACCCCUUCAAGAUCACUCCAGACCUCCCUCCUGCCUCCGCUUUUUCCACCAACACAUCACCGUUAGUUUUCGUAGGAACACGCCCCCCAGCCACUGCGGUGGGGUCCGCCCUCAACGUUGAUGCCAAGCCGUUUGUCCCCUCGGCCACACUCUUGUCCUACACAGCCACACCCAGUUUGACUGCAGCUACCGCGUCCGUUACCACUUCAGCAACGCCCCUUAUCCCCUCAGCUUCUCACUGUAAGAAUGAAGCCACCCUCACAUUAUCGUCAGACACUCCCCCCAAAAGUGUAGCCACGCCCUUAAGCUCAGCAAAAGCCACUUCCCCACCCCCCAUCACCCCCGCAGCCCCUCCUUCUCUCCCUGCACACUCAGAGCACCAGGAGUCCUCGCCGCCACAGCUCCCCCCACUGGAAGUGAAAUCGGACAACAAGGACAAGCAGGAGAAGGCGGACAUCAUGUCUGGCAAGACGGACAAGCUCGACAACUUUGACAAGAAAGAGAAGGACGAGCAGCAGAAGAAGGACACCGGCCCAGACAAGAACCAGAAGUCCGAGAAGAUCCUCAAAGACGAGGUGGAGAAGAUGAACGCGGAGAAGAGCAACAAGGCCAACGAGAAGGCCGAGAAGGUGGACAAGCCGGAGAAGACCAACAAAGAUGACAAGAAGGAGGAGGAGAAGAAGCUGGUGGCGGAGAAGAAGGAGGAGAAGGGGGGCAAAGGGACGGCCAAGUCUCCGACGGGCAACGGCGGCAAGACCCUGCCGAGCCCCGACGGCAAGAGCAAGCCUGACGUGGGUUCAACUAAACCAAACUCUUCCAAAUCCCGCCCAUCCACCCUCUCCACCAAUGGCGACGCCAACUUGGCCAAACGCCCCUCCCCCACCACAGCCAAUAAAAAAAGCCCUGUACCCAAGGCGACCACACCCCCUGCCGCCAAGCGGCCACCGACUGCAACUGGCUCCGCCAAGGCUGCCAAGACUCCAGAAAAUGAGAAGCGCCCACUUUUGCCGAAGGCGGCGCCGGCGCCCCGCGCGGCUGUCAACAAGAAUGGCUCCUCCUCCUCUGCGGCGCCGUCUGCAAGUAAAACCGCUGCAAACAAGAAUGACAAGACUGACAGCAAGACGGCAGAGGCCAAGAAACCCAAGACUACAGCCCGCCCCCGCCCGCCCUCCACCACCACUCCUGCCGCCUCCACUAACGGCGAGGCCUCUCACCGCCGCCGCGUCAUCACCAAGCCCCCCGUGCCCAAGCAGACCCCGAUGGAAAAGAAGCCGCCAGUGCCCCGUGCUCCGCGAACCCCCCGGCCCAUCAACACUCCCACACCCGACCUGAAGAACGUGCGCUCCAAGAUCGGGUCCAUCGACAACAUCAAGUACCAGCCCGGCGGAGGAAAGGUCUCCUCCACCCCGAACAACAAGCCAUCAGACCCCUCCACCCCCGCCAAGGCCAGAGUUCAGAUAGUGCACAAAAAGCUGGACUUCAGCCAUAUCACGUCUCGCUGUGGCUCCAAGGACAAUAUCAAACAUGUCCCUGGAGGUGGCAAAGUGCAGAUCCUGAACAAGAAGGUUGAUUUGAGCAAGGUGACGUCCAAAUGUGGCUCAAAGGACAACAUCAAACAUAAGCCAGGUGGAGGUGAUGUGAAGAUUGAUUCACAUAAGCAAAACAUUAAAGCUAAGUCUAAGAUUGGAUCCAUAGACAACGUGGGGCCAGGCAACGAGCAGACCAACGGACACAAGGAGGAGAAAACAGAGCAGAAGACAUCUACACCCCCAAGUGGCGCUCCGACAACAGGACCGCCGGGCGUUGCCAAGGCAACAGCACUAGGAGGUGUUGCCAAGGAGAACGGGGUGAAGGAGUCCACACCUACCCCUUUUGGGGGAGACGGACUGAGGGAGCAUAGCAUAGACAAACGCAUCACUGAGACAAAUUGA